AGAAAAGAAAGAAGGAAAGGGAGACAGGACGAGGGAGAAGAAGAGAGGGGAAGGAACAACGCCAUGGAGCUUGGUGCCACUGGUGAGCUGCCGUCGCAGAGAAGAAAGGGAGAGGCGAACGUGACCCACGAAGAAGAGGGAGGAGCCGCCGUCGAGCCAUGCCCCGUCGCCGUUGUUCGUGCAUCGCCGUUGUCGUUUGCUGAGGGUGAGACGCGAAGAGAAGAUGAUGACCUGCACCAUCACGCCUCACUGCCUUCGUCGAGCCUUCAUCACUGUUGCACCUUAUUCCCGUUGCCAUUAGGGUUUGCUGAUGCUGCCAUUGAGAGAGCCGCCGCUGGGGGGAGCCGAAUACGGAGAUCAGGUCACUGUCGAUGUGGUCGCAGAAAGGGAGAAAUGGAUGCGCAUGAGAGAGUGAUGCAGCAGAGGAGGAGUCGUUCCUCUGCCGCUACUGUUGCCUGAAAUCUUGGUUAUUGCCGUCGUUCAUGCUGAAGCUUGUCACCGGAGAAGACAAGCCACUGUGCCAUCCCCUUAGUUCUAA